AUUUCGAAUUUAAAAAUUAACCGAAACAAUUAGCAGAUAAAGGACUUGAAGAAGAAGGGUAAGAUCUUCUUCUCUCUUUCUUUCUUCUUGUUGCUGCGAACUCUGAAAAAGAUGCAGGCAAGUGAUAGGUUUAACAUCAAUUCUCAGCUUGAGCAUCUUCAAGCUAAAUAUGUUGGUACAGGGCAUGCUGAUUUGAGUAGAUUUGAGUGGGCUGUGAACAUUCAGCGUGAUAGUUAUGCUUCUUACAUUGGUCACUACCCUAUGCUUUCAUACUUUGCUAUUGCGGAGAACGAGUCUAUUGGACGCGAACGCUACAAUUUCAUGCAGAAAAUGCUAUUACCCUGCGGCCUUCCUCCGGAAAGAGAAGACGAAUAGAAGACAUGAGGAUUCGAUUUGUCUUUCUACUUAUCAAGAACUCGUCUGAUGGAAUAUUGGUUUGGAGUUUUAAACUGUCAAAUUUGAUGUUCUGGUAGAGAUUUAUAUGACUCUUAAAACACACAACUUUUGUGUGUCUGAUACUUUGGUUUUCUUGGAUGUAAAAAACAAAACACCUUGAAUUCU